GAGGAGUGGAAGGUGUACCUUCUUUUCUUUGCCUUGUUCGUGGUUGCCACAUCUGCAGCACCCACUUGUAAAUGCGAAGAUGAAGAUAAGGUAAAAGUAAAAAUAGACAUUAAUUAGUGUUAUCAUAUAUCAAUCUUCAGCUUUGCAGUUUCCCGUCGUAUACUUUUAAACAUCAGUCUUUUUGCGAUACAAGUUCCAGAGACUUAGUUGUUCCUGUUCAAUGCUGAGAGAAUUUUUUUGUGCGGCCCUAAGCUGAAAUUGUAUGCCGAUAUAAAGCCGUUAAACGCGUUCAGACCAUGCUCCUUUAAAUACUAAAGUCUAUGUGAAUGAGACCAGAACAAUAGCAACAUAAACGUAAAUAUUAUAUAAUCUUUUGUUCCACAGGAAACUUCGUCCAAGUACAAAGUCAAAGUCAAAGAUGGUGACGAAGAGUAUGAUCAAGAAAUCAAAAUCGACACUGAGAAACAAACCGAGACUUAUCACAUUCCAAAAACGAAAUCAUCCAGCGCAGGAGAAGUGGACGAAGUCUAUGACUUUAAAAGAGUAAGUAAAUUAGCAUAGUUAAGUAAAUAUGCAUAGCAAAGGCAGCACACCUCUCCGCUCUCCUCAGUUAUUUUUAAGACGCUAAGUGUUGGUCCGCUCGGGGUCUUAAACCCUCAACCUCCCGCAGUACGGCGCUCUACAAUUAGCAAGAGCUAACCAAGUGCGGUUUAAAAGUUAAGAUUUCCAAAUGGAUUGAAGUUACGACUCUUAGAUCUUGUAGAGGGGCUUUACGCUUGUCCAAGUUAUACUUAGGUAAUUUAAGUCAAAAACUUAUCGCGACUUUAAGUUAAUCGCGUUUUCGCGUACGUUUGGCUAGUUUGCUUACUUUGGAUAAUGGUUAGCACUUUGUUACAUUCCCUUGUGUUAUGACAGUCAGUCAAAAAGUGCUCUAAGAAAACAGUCAUUACUAUUUAAAAUUCAUAGUCACUGUUUACUCAUUUACUUGCUGGUGUUUUUCGUACAGAACUUGGUUAUGCGCCGAAUGCCUGAACGCAAAGCCUGUUUCUUGAGCGAAUCCACUGAAAACGCUCCAAAGCCUCAAGACCUCAAAAAUGCACUUGACAAGGUAACUUUACUUUCUUUGUUCGCGAGCAACGAUCGAUACUCUAGUUUUAGACCGAAGUUAAUUCACGAUAAGUCUUUGUUUUGUGAUGCAUUUCUGUUUCCUUGAAAUUAUCGUUUAAAGGAAGGUGUCAGUUUCAUCGAUGGUAUGUGUUCAGAAUUUCGGCUUUUCCCUAAUUAAAUGUCAUAACUGACACUUUUAUGGUCGAAAGGACUAUCGACCUUACUCCGGCUCAGGCUUAUCAAUAAGCUCUAAUAUAAAAAUAACGUCUUUUCAUAAUGUCAUGUCCCAGUUUUGACUUCUUUUAGCGCUCGUGGAAAAUGAAUCAGUCAUCACAACAACUUAGCGCUUCGAACAUGAUCUUAAUUCCAUUAUCACCUAAAAUCUUGAGGAAGAUGAUGAUUAUGGAAUGAGUACAAAUUAAAAUAGAAAUAUGAUGGGAAGCAACUCAUUUCUUUUCUGAAUUGCUUUUUCAGCAAAGCGCAUCAGGUUCCUCGGAACGAAGUUGUUGGCACUGUGAAUGAUCGUUCCACUCUGAGUGAUGAAAUGGCUGCAAUGUGUGCCAAAUUUCCCAUUUAUCGCAUCAAGAGGAGGAAGGUCACUAUGAGUGUCGAAAAAGAAAACAUGCUAGGUAUUUGUGUGCUUUUGUUUAUAUUUCGUCUUAAUCGCUUUAAGUGGAACCGCUAAGGAGUUAAUGCCCACAGAGUUAAUUAUAAGUCGUAACUAGUUUCGCUCUCAUUUUUCAGGUGGUAAAGACAGGAAAAAGAGACACGACUGCUGGUGCUGCUAUUGGAAACUCCAAGGUUUCCUCAUAGUAACAAGAAGUGAUGGUACCCGCGUAUAUUACAAGAUUUGGCGUAGGGUAUGCGUUUAUAUAUGCUGA